CCAAUUGUAGAGUUGGCAAAGCAUUAGAACGGUUUUAUGCAUUCUGCUUUAUAAGUACAUUCGUAAACAAAACUAUCUACUUGUCAGUGAAUUUUCUUUUCCACCAACACUAAUUUACAAUCAAUAUUUGUUACUUGGGGAUAUUAUAGUAGGCGAAAUGCAAAAGCACUUCUGGCCGGUUUUAUUGCCCAUACUAUUUUUAGCAUAUUCACUGCCUUUAUUCCUGCGUGUCUAUGCCACUGCACCCACGGUAAUUGAUGAGGAAUUCCAUUUGCGACAAGGUCUGCACUUCUGCAACAAACGCUUCGAUGUGUGGGAUCCUAAAAUUACCACCUUCCCAGGCCUAUAUCUGGCGUCGCUGAUACUCAUACCAUUCGGUGCUUGCUCAACAUUGGGUUUACGUUGCAUAUCGCUAAUAGCGGCUGCGCUAAAUGUGUUACUGCUAUAUAAAAUAAGACGCCGGUUGUUGGGUGGUGCACAUGGGCAGCUUGCCGCAUUAGAUGCUUUCACUGUAGGUGCACUACCACCGCUAUAUUUCUUUAGUCAUCUUUACUAUACUGAUACGUUAUCGCUAACGACAAUACUUCUAUUCUACUACUACUGGCACAAAGAGUCACAUCUGCAAGCUGCUGUCUUUGCUGCUGCUAGUGUUUUGAUGCGGCAGACUAAUGUGGUUUGGGUGGGUAUGUGUUUCGGUAUAACAGCACUAGAUGUACUUACAGGAAAUUAUGCGCGUUCCAAAGGCAUUAAAAGACAGCAUGUGGAGUUACUGAAUCCCAAGACGCUUUUGGACAUACUCACUUCAUAUCGGCUACUGGGACGCAGCAUUUGGCAAAUUUUACGUAAAGGCUGCUACUACCUAAUCAUAAUACUGCCUUUUCUGUUUUUCGUGUUUCUCAAUGGUUCCAUUGUUAUUGGCGAUAAGCGGGCGCAUGAAGCGACCAUACAUGUACCGCAGUUAUUUUAUUUCAGCAUUUUUGCUUUGUUUUUCGGCGUCUCCAAUACGCUGCAUGAAUUGCGUCCGACACUACAUUGGCUAUCGCGUGACAAAUUGAUCGUGCUCUUCCUGCUUGGCACAGGCAUUCUAGCCGUUAAAUGGAAUACACUCAUACAUCCAUAUUUGCUGGCAGACAAUCGUCAUUACAUAUUUUACAUAUGGAAUCGUUUCUAUGGACGUUAUGAAUGGUUCAAAUACGCCAUGGUACCCGUUUAUGUAUUUGCCUUGGCGCUGUUACAUUCAGGUCUACGGCAUAUGCGCACAAGCUUCAAAUUGAUGUUUUGGAUAGCUGUUUUUCUGGUGCUAUGUUUUCAGCGCUUGCUCGAACUGCGAUACUUUCUCAUUCCAUUCGUACUUUAUCGCCUGCACACACAGCCGCUUAUUAAAAGCCGUUGGGCAGAGUGGUUGGAACUGGGCUGCUAUGUGGUGCUCAAUGCGCUCACAUUCUAUAUAUUUUUUACCAGAGAAAUCAGAUGGGAAAAUUUCAAGGAGCCACAACGCAUUAUUUGGUAAACAAGAAACGUCGAAUCAAAUAGUCUGAAUUGAAAUAUGGUAAAUAAACUAUUCGUAACUGUUGAAACAUGUUGUGGAGCAUUACAAGUACGUAA